AUGCCACAACAGAAAGCCACCCGAGCGAAGGCGCCGCCGGCAGCCGACUACAAGGCAAUCGCCGAGCAGUACGCAAAAGCGAAGCGUCAGAAGGCGAUUGAGGAUGCCAGCAGGUCGCCCGAGGAGAUACAGACCGAGAAGGAAAGGGCAAUGCUGCUCGAAAAGCAGCGUGAGGUCUUCGAGUCUCGGCGCAAGGAUGCGUACGAGCGCAGGUGGUGGUGGACCGUCGGGUUCUGGGCCUGGAUGUUGUGUCUGCACGCCGUUGGCAUUGCCUUCUUUACCAGCGGGUUCCUUUUGACACGUCUGGUUCUCGACGACAAGUCCAACUGCACGGCGCCGCCAAUCGAGCUCUCGUCAAGCUGGAAAGGCCAGGGCACGGUCCAGGGGGGUUGCUGGCAUCCCAAAUCCUUCAACAAGGCAGUGGUUGUCGUUGUCGACGCCUUGCGGUACGACUUCACCGUUCCCGUUGACGACCAGGCCCCGUUCCAUAACGCGCUUCCCUUCUUGCACGAGACCGCCGUCAAGUCACCGGAGCACGCCUUCCUGCGCCCCUUCAUAGCCGACCCCCCGACGACGACGCUCCAGCGGUUGAAGGGCCUGACUACGGGAACCCUGCCGACCUUCAUCGAUGCCGGCAGCAACUUUGCCGGCACGGCCAUCAAGGAGGAUAACUUGCUUAUGCAGCUGAAGGACGCCGGGAAGCGCAUUGCCCACCUCGGUGACGAUACUUGGUGGUCUCUAUUCCCCGGAUACUUCGAAGCCAACGUAAGCCGCGCAUACGAUAGCUUCAACGUCUGGGAUCUGCACACGGUGGACAAUGGUGUUAUCGAUCACAUCUUCCCACUCCUCGAGCAGGAGCAGAAGGGCAAAUGGGACGUACUCAUUGGACAUCUGCUUGGUGUCGACCACGCCGGACACCGAUACGGCCCGAACCAUGUGGCAAUGAGAGAAAAGCUUCAACAGAUGGACACUUUCAUCCGUGAUCUUGUGGCUCAAAUUGAUGAUGACACUCUUUUGGUCGUCAUGGGAGACCACGGCAUGGACGCCAAGGGCGACCACGGCGGAGAGAGCGACGACGAGGUCGAGGCAGCUCUGUGGAUGUACUCCAAGCGCCCGUUUUUCGGUCGGACGAAACCCGAGUUCAAGGAGCCGCCCGCGAUGGCCAAGGUUAGGCCAGUCAAUCAGAUCGAUCUCGUCCCGACUCUGGCAUUGCUACUAGGGAUUCCCAUCCCUUACAACAACCUCGGAAGCCCCAUCGAGGAAGCUUUCACUGGCAAGAAGGGCAAGGCCUGGGACAACCUUGCAGCCGUGUCGCGUAUGACAGCCGCCGGUAUCCAGCGAUACCAAGACUCGUACUUUGCCGCUCGCGGUAUUGACCAGUCCAAGAGCGCCACCGCUGGCCACGUAUCGCAUCUCUGGAGGAAGGCCGAACGGUCGUGGCAGUGGAAGUCAUGGCAAGACUCUCACGGCUUCUUCAACUUAUUCCAAGAGGAGACGCUGCGCAUUUGCAAGGAUCUGUGGGCCCGUUUCGACGUGCCCAAGAUGGUGACGGGCAUUGUAGUCAUGGCCGUUGGCGUCGUCACGUUGCUUGUCUAUGUCUCCCGCGAUGCGGACGAGGACUUUGCCGUUCUCGAUGACCUCGAGCUCGACCUGGCGGAGAAGAAGUUGGAACUUCAGGGCGUUCAGGGCGAUGCUGCCACUUCGUACAAAACUCUCCAUAAGAAGGUGUUCCUCACAGCCAUUCUCGGUGCCGUCCCCGGAGCAGCAGCUGGAGCUGGAUACUCCAUCUUUACUGGACCUGAGGAUCUUGUCUAUGCCUUCGCUGGCGCCGCCAUUACCAGCGCGAUCGGGGUCCUGGUUUCGUUGUACGGCUUCGGUAAGACCUUUUGGAAUCUUAUGCCGAACAACAUCUGGGGUUGGCUUGCUGUCGUCUUCACGCUCAGCCAGUCUCUUGGGUUCGCCUCAAACUCGUACACCAUCUGGGAGGACUCGAUUCUCCUUUUUUUCAUCACGACCUUCGGCGUGGCCAACGUCUUUGCCGCAUUCUCCGUACCAACAAGGAAGGAGCGCACCCUCGCAAUCUACCACUCGGUUCUCUUUGUCGUUCUUGGUAGAUUGGCAUCAUUCUCGAAGCUCUGCCGCGAGGAGCAGAUGCCCUACUGCACGUCUACCUACUAUGCUUCGGCUACUUCCUCGACCUCUGCCACGUGGCAACUGGCUAUCCCCUUUGCCGUCGCCCUCAUAUUGCCUUCUAUCAUCAAGUCGUUCCUCUUGCCCACCCGCUCCUGGGAGGGACUUGCACCGGCGUGGAUUGGAUACGUCUACCGCAUCGGUCUCUUCAUGUCGGCCACCUACUGGGUCCUCGAUGCCGCAGAUAACGGCGAGUGGUUUACAAGCCUACCGGACAAGACUCUCAAGACUGCUGCAGUCUACCUGGCGCAGAUCAUUCUCGCCUUGGUUUUUGUCGCCGGAACCACGGCGUUCGUAUGGGCGCCACCGUUGGUGUCCAUCCUGACGACACCGACCAAGACGGGAACCACCCAGAUCACGGUUUUGGGCUACGGCAAUACGAACGGGGCGAGAUAUCUGCUCCUGCCAAUGAACAUCGUGGGAGCUUGCAUUCUCCUCUCGAAGCCUAUGGGAGGCGGUGCGUUGGCCCUCUUAUUCUGGCAGAUCAUGUCACUCGCUGAGAUCCUCGAUCUUAACUCCCUGACGAACGAGGCUAUUGGACCCGUCAUGCUUGGAGUCCUUGGCAACUUUGGCUACUUCAAGACGGGCCACCAGGCUGUUCUUAGUAGCAUUCAAUGGGACAGCGCCUUCAUUCCGCUCUUCUCGAUCCGGUACCCGUGGAGUCCCAUUGUCGUGGCUCUCAACACAUUUGGCGGUCAGAUCGUCGCGGUUGCGGCUGUCCCGCUCAUUGUGCUCUGGAAGGUUGGUCCCAAAAGAAAGGGAAUCCUCGAGAACGUCAGCAGAGCGCUGGGCAUUUUCGUGGCUUACUUUGCUGUCGAGUCGCUUUCGACCAUGGCUUGGGCAGGGUGGCUGAGGCGACACCUCAUGCUGUACCGGGUAUUUAGCCCCCGCUUCAUGAUGGCGGCGACCCUGCUCUUGUUUGUGGAUUUAAUCGGCCUCGCUAUUACACUGAUUGGCGUAAGAUCCAACACAAUGGCUGUGAGUGAGGUGUUUGGCUGGGUUGAAUAG